UUUUUUUGGAAGUAGACAUUCAGUUUAACCCUGGCUGGAGAAGACGCCUGCAAAUGAGCAGGGAGGCCCCUUGAUUGCCACUGCAUAGAAGUUCAUAGGCAGAUUUUCUUUCUUUUUGGAAAAACUGCAUUGCCACAGACACUCGUCAUGGCCGCUGUGUGGAUUGGAAAAUAAAAAGAAAAACCCCAGGAAACUGGUAUUUUAUGUUCACCUGGGGGGUGAAUAUUUCCUUUUUGUUGUUGUUGUUUCCUAUCCAAAAAUUCCUGCUGCCUUUCCAAUCAGAAUCCAACCGGAUUCGCUCAAGGCUUAUUCUUAAAAAGCCUUCGUCACGUUUUAACCCGUCGCCGUCACUUUCGCAGGCUCACCCAGAGGCGCUGAGCAGGGAAGAGGCAAACCUAACCCAGAAGAAGGGGUUUCACCAAAUCCCUGUGCUCCACCUGAGGACCUGGAUUUACCUUUGGCACAGUCGCCGGGUGGAGGCGGGGGGGAUGGGGAGGAAGUGAUUUGCAGCGCUCACGAGCCUUUGUUGAGAAGGGUCUCCUCUCCCAGUGAGUCUGAUUUCGCUGUGAGCAGCCCAGAGCAGCUGGGCGCUCCAUCAGAGAGCAACUAUGACUUUAGCGGAGCGAACGUGCAACCCCAGGCAGCGGGCUCCGGGGCCCGGGCUGCGAGGCCGCCGCGGCGCUGGCUUCUAGUGGCGGGAGGGCACCGCGCCCCGGCUCUGUCGUCCCUCUCCAAGAGGCUGUCCCGGGACCCCCAGGUUCUGUCCCGCUGCGGGGCCCGCGGCUCGCCUGCUAUGCGCGGCAGCCCGCGCCGGGGCCGGCACCAGCAGCGCCCGGGCGGAUGUGGCGAGUCCACGGAGGGGCAUGCUUCCGCGCACCAAGUACAACCGCUUCAGGAAUGACUCGGUGACAUCGGUCGAUGACCUGCUCCACAGCCUGUCGGUGAGCGGCGGCGGCGGCGGCGGCGGCAAGGUCUCGGCGGCGCGCGCGACCCCCGCGGCGGCGCCCUACCUGGUGUCCGGCGAGGCGCUGCGCAAGGCGCCCGACGAUGGGCCCGGCAGCCUGGGCCACCUGCUCCACAAGGUGUCCCACCUGAAACUCUCCAGCUCCGGCCUUCGCGGCCUGUCGUCGGCCGCCCGGGAGCGGGCGGGCGCGCGGCUCUCGGGCAGCUGCAGCGCGCCCAGCCUGGCCGCCCCGGACGGCAGCGCGGCCCCCGCGCCCCGCGCUCCGGCCGUGAGCAUGAGCGCCUCCAGGAAGGGCCGGCCGGGCGACGAGCCGCUGCCCAGACCCCCGCGGGGGGCGCCGCACGCCAGCGACCAGGUGCUGGGGCCGGGAGUCACCUACGUGGUCAAGUACUUGGGCUGCAUUGAAGUUCUACGCUCUAUGCGGUCUCUUGACUUCAGUACAAGAACACAGAUUACCAGGGAAGCCAUCAGCCGUGUCUGUGAAGCUGUGCCUGGUGCCAAAGGAGCCUUCAGGAAGAGAAAGCCGCCCAGCAAAAUGCUGUCCAGCAUCCUGGGGAAGAGCAACCUCCAGUUCGCGGGGAUGAGCAUCUCUCUGACCGUCUCUACCGCCAGCCUCAACCUGAGGACGCCCGACUCCAAACAGAUUAUCGCGAAUCAUCACAUGCAGUCCAUCUCCUUCGCCUCGGGGGGAGACCCGGACACAACAGACUAUGUCGCCUAUGUAGCAAAGGACCCUGUUAACCGCAGAGCUUGUCACAUCCUGGAAUGCUGUGAUGGGCUGGCCCAGGAUGUCAUCGGCUCCAUCGGGCAGGCCUUCGAGCUCCGGUUUAAACAAUACUUGCAGUGCCCUUCCAAGAUUCCUGUCCUCCAGGACCGAAUGCAGAGUCUGGAUGAGCCCUGGACAGAGGAAGAGGGGGAGGGCUCAGACCACCCAUACUACAACAGUGUUCCCAGCAAGAUGCCUCCACCAGGGGGCUUUCUUGAUGCUCGACUGAAAAACAGACCCCAUGCUCCUGACACAGCUCAGUUUGCAGGGAAAGAGCAAACUUACUACCAGGGAAGACACUUGGGAGACACAUUUGGCGAAGACUGGCAGCAGGCACCUGUCAGGCAAGGGUCCUUGGACAUCUACAGCACGCCAGAAGGGAAACCACACAUGGCCCCUGCGGGAGAAGCACCCACCUACGUCAACACCCAGCGCAUGCCCCCACAGGCCCAGCCGGCGGCCACCAGCAGCGCAGAGAGCAGCCCACGCAGGGACCUCUUUGACAUGAAACCUUUUGAAGAUGCUCUCAAGAAUCAGUCCUUAGGGCCUGUGUUGAACAAGGCAGCCUCCGUGGAGUGCAUCAGUCCUGUCUCACCCCGAGCUCCGGAUGCCAAGAUGCUGGAGACACUGCAGGCCGAGCCUUGGUACCAAGGAGAGAUGAGCAGGAAGGAGGCGGAAGGGCUGCUGGAGAAAGAUGGAGACUUCCUCGUCAGGAAGAGCACCACCAACUCCGGCUCCUUCGUCCUCACAGGCAUGCACAACGGCCAGGCCAAGCACCUGCUGCUUGUGGACCCUGAAGGCACGAUCCGCACAAAGGACAGGGUCUUCGACAGCAUCAGCCACCUCAUCAACCACCACCUGGAGAGUAGCGUGCCCAUCGUCUCGGCGGGGAGCGAGCUGUGCCUGCAGCAGCCGGUGGAGAGGAGACCCCCGGGAGACCAGGGCUAGCGUGGGAGCCCGGCCAGCUGCUUGUGGGCUCAGAGCCCAAGUUCAAGUUUUAUAAACUUGCUCCAGAUCUCUCAUAUGCAUACUAAAGGUGUACAUACCUAUACAUCCUGUACAAAUUAUCCCUCUAUAUUUAUAUUUUUUAAGACUAAGAAAGAUGUAAGACUAAUGUUCUGUGCUGUAUGUUUUUAAUGAAAAAAAAAAGUUUGUAGUUGUCCAGGCAAAAAUUGAAUUCAGCUGAACCAUUCCACUGGGAAAUCCCUCUAGGAAGGUGUAAGCCUGCAGUUUUACCCAAUAAGCACAAUCCAAGGGGAAAAGAGGCAAGCGGGAGGUUUGGGCAAUACACGUGGGAUUGUAAUACAAGAAGGCAGCACGCCGCCCAAACGGCGGGCUGGCCCUGUGUUUGCCGCGCCCCCAGCCCCCGGCUCUGCAGCGUCCGCCGCCUGUGCCCCGCCUCCAGCACCGGACGACAGAGCAGCAGGUGGGUUUCCAGCGCCCCCAGCGGGGCCCUGUCACCCUUGCCUCCGGUUGUGCGAGGAGCCUUGGGGAUUCAUUUUAUGCCAAGUACGGCGCCACAUAAGCCGCACCGAUCGGAGUCUUGAUUGGCAAAUGCUUCUCCCGUUCUCAUCCGUGCAAUGAGGAAAUGGGCAUGCAGAAGGGGAAUUGAGGCCAAUUCGUGGUUUUAGAUGGCCUUCUGGUGGGGGGAGGGCGCGUUGAUCCCAGGCUGCUGGCGGCGGCUGUGGGUGGGUUGCUUCCUCCCCACGGUCCCUGUGUGUUCACUCGACAGAGAAAUGACACAGGGGGAAGGGGCCAGCCGAAGACCAAGUGCAGUACCCCGGACAGGCACAGCUGCGGCCACUCCUGGGUCUUUGGAGUCAGUUUGCGGUUCUGCCUUGCGCAGGGGACGCUAAGCUGCCUUAGGGUCCCCAGGGCAAGGUUUCCGGAGGCUGCUCCCCUACAGCUCCUAGUCUUAACCCUCUUCCUUCCAGGUUGUUUCCUAAUGGGCCCUUGGGUGUUAGACCUGGUGGUGUUUAGAGUAGAAACACCUCGGCUUAGAUCACCCCGUGGUGUCACAGAGGCUGUCCUAGAAAGAAUGAGAGCAUGCAUGUGCUCUCUGGCUCCUCCUCCUGGUGCUGUGACCUUGGCUCCUGGGUGGUGACACCCAGGGCAGACAGCACACUUGCUCCGUUGGACAAAGGACACGUCUCACACAUUCAGAGUUGCCCACUGAUAGCAUGGAGCGAGCUUGAGAAAUCUGGUGUGCCUUGCUUUUGUCAAGUUCUCCUAAUAAGGGUGUGACCCCGGCUUCGGCUCUUGGAGUGUUGUGUGGCCCGGUGGCUCGGGGCGGUUGCCAUGUGCUCAUUUGUAGUCAGGCAGGGCAGCACGGAGCUGUGCAACCAUGGUUGCUGGGCCUUGCUGGGCCACCCUGCACCGCCGGACAGGGAAGAGGACAGGGUGGAGACAGAGCACGUGCCAGGCUUCUAUGGAGUUUUUACCCUUUGAGGGUCCAGUGGAUCCAAGCUGAUGAUGGAGUCAGUCUUCUAGACUGUUCUGUGGUGGAGUGGGGCUCUGGGGAGCCUAGCACCAGUGUAGACCACCCUGCUGCUUCUGGGAAUGGUUUCAGAUCCAGGUGCAGUGUGGAUGCCUUGCUCCAAGAUGUCUGAGCUGGGAUGCUGGUGGCAGCCAGCUCAGGCUGUCGAAUUACAAACAGUCAGAUUCCAGGGGCCAGUGGCUCUGAAAACCGCACUGUGCUUCUGUCCAGCGAGGCUUGUGGCCCUGUAGAUACACAUACGGGUCCAGUACCCCUGUGUGCCAAUGUGCCCUACACAUAAAGAUCCAACCUACGGAUAAGAUGCCUGCAGCAGAGUGCAUGGGUUCCAUCCCCGGCUCGGGCUCCUGAGUCCUGCUUCCCGCCAGUGCAGACCCUGGGAGGCAGUCCUUGCUUUCCCUGCCACCUGAGUGGGAGACCUGGACUGAGUUCCUGGCUCCUGCUCUGGCCCCAGUCCAUCCCAGGCUGGUGUGGGCAUCUGGGGAAUGGGCCAGUAGAUGACACUAUACUCUCUCUGCCCCUUGAUUUUUUAUGAAAGGAUCAAGUGACCUUCUCUUGAGGUCUGGCAUUCCCCAAGCCACAAAGCUGCCGUCAAGGUCCUGGCAAAGUAGGAAACGAAGAUAAAAAACCAUGAACAGCAUAAGGUUGGAGCGACUUUCUUUUUAUUCUUGUGGGUAUUUAAGAAGUAGCAGUGUGACGUUUGGGCCUCUGUGCACUCUGAAGUCAGUGUGUAUUUUGAGGGUGAUAGGCAAUGUAGUAAUAUAUAUUUUUGCAUGAGCAUCAAUUUAGAGAAUUUAAAGAAUUGGAGUCAAUUUUUUUCUUUUCCAUAGUAAUUGAAAACAUAGAGUCUUAAGCUCAGAUGAGCAGGUCAGUGACCCUGGGAGAGCAGCACGUGAGAAAAUCGGCCCUCCUUUUUAGGCCUUGGAGCAGAUUUCAGACACAGAUUUCAAACCACAGCUGUGGUUUUCUGAUCCUCGUCUCUGUCUCUUGCAAAGGGCGCUGGAGCCCACCCACGAGCUGUCUCAGGGCUCCUGCCAACGCCGUGGGGACGAGCCCUCCCCACGAGCCACACUUGCCCAGGGCGAGACCCAGGCUUAGGUAGGCAUCACCCCUCGCCUGGGGCCAUGCAGGCAGUGGGCAGCAGAGCUGUUCUGUGUGCCUGGCAUUCCCCAUGCUCUGCUGGGUGCCGGCCGGUGCUCAGAGCCCCAGAGUCACAGGUGAGCCCGAGAGCGCCACCCCACUGCCCAGCACCGGGCCCCUCAUCCUCACAAGUUCUGAGCCUACAUCUCCGCCUGGGCAGCGCAGGUGGGGCGGGCUGCUGGCCACAGACACAGGUGCAGCAGCACCACACCGUGCACCCAAGGGCUCCCACGGUUGCUGUGUGCUGUGCUGGGCCCAUGAGUGUGCCCCAUGUCCCUGCAGCCCCCUCCUGGGACCACCACUCCACCCAGAUCCCCGUGUCUGCCGGAGCAUGGAGCAGGUUGGCCAUCGGCCAUGGCCCCUCUCUGCUCCUGAGACGUGGCCUCCCCUCGCACCCCACCCUCCUGGGUGACUCAGCCGGCCAGGCCUCCCAGGGGUUUGGCUCUUGGUGGUCAAGGUCAGUGUCGAUCUUGACCCACAAGGCUCCUCUGCAUAGCUCCCUGUAGAAUCAGGCGGGCAGUUGCAUAAACAGUGUGGCCAAAGGACUGGGUGCGUCCAACCUCCAUGCCUUGUCCUGGGGUCUCCUGAUGCCCCAGCUCUGAAAUGCAGCGCUCCGUCCUGGGAACUCCGUUCCUAAGCAGUGGCUCAGAACACAGACGCCCUGGCCCUUGCUUCCUCUGCACCGGUCACACCUGCAGGCCAGACCACAUCGCCUUCCUGUGUGCUGAGCCUGGCAGAGGCCUGGACUGCAGCCCUCCCCAGGGCAGUGCUGGUGGUGCUGGACACCUCUGUCCAAUCCCAGCUCUUACACAUCCAGCGCCCUGUGGCCACAGGCUGGGUGCCCAAGCCCUGAGCCUGGGCUUGCUCCACAUUGCAAGGCUGUACCACGAGAGGGCGUAGGGGUGGGUGAGUUGUGUAAGUGUGAGGAGUGCUGCCUUUCUGGAGUGUUCAUUCACAAACCUGGGCCUCAAGGGCCCGGGUUGGGUGUGUCCCUAAAUCUCUUUCUGUGGACUGUGCAGUGGAAGGCAGAGGAGGAUUGUGGGAAGAUGGCAAGUGGCCACGGCCAAGGGAUCCCACUGGGUCUCAGAAUAAUACUCCGGUUCUUGCGUGCAACUUUUAGAGUUGGUACUGAGAAAGACAAAGUGGAAAAACCCAGUUCCUAGCACAUAAAGCAAAGCCUUUAAGUGUUGGCCCCAUGCAGGAUCCCAAGGAAGGGAGGGGCCCAUUUCUCAGAGGAGGACAUGGGAGCCGGGUGACUCCCAUGGCUCCCGAGGCUCACUGGUCAGUGGCUGAAUCGGGCAGCAGUGGGGAGUUCCCAAGUCCCUGCCCUUGUGGGCCUGCCAUGAAGGCCGUCCUGGGACUCCUGUCUCUGGUUUUUCAAUCGCACUCUGUUUCCAAAUGCUUCAGGCCCCAGUCACUCAGACCAAGGGGCCGGGCAUCUACUUCCUCAGUAGGGGCUCUGCUGGAACCAGACCCAGAGAGAGGAUCUGGAUCUGCGUGUGUGUCCUGGUUUACUUGGGCAGCGGUCCUCGGAAUGGAGAGGGAGGGGAGUGCAGAAGGCAAGAGCUAGCCAGGUGUGGGCAGCGGCAGGGCACUGCAGACUUAGCCAGUACCGGGGAAGAAAGCCCCCCACUGGUAGAAAAGGCCGUUUCUGGGGACAGGUUCAGACCUCUCUGUGCACACCUGGGCACUGCCCAAGCAGGGGGACCCGGGCACAGUUAGGUAUUGGUGGUAAGCAGCCUUGGGCUGGGAGGCAGGUAGCAGAACCAGCUGGUGCUGGAGCCCAUCCCUCCCCAUCACUGGGCCCGAGGGAGCCCCAAGAGUCUGUACUCCAAAGGAAUUUCAGGCUGAUGCCGGCGCAGGUGUCCCGACUUUGAGAACCUCUCUAGCUGUUGGCUUUUCGCCGCCAACUGAUGCUGAUGAGGCUUCCGUCUCACCUCGUACUGUGGAUCCCAGGGCCCAUGCUGGGAAUUUAUAAAUGGGAGAUGAUUAUGCAUUGAUAAUUCCAUGCAACCAUUGCUGGCAGAUAAAAUGCCAUCUGCCAGCCACAAUUUAUUUAGAAUGGGGCUUAUACAUAUUUAUCAGUUUGCAGCAACAAAUGCAGUUUUCAAACUGGCAUGUUUUACAGCUGCCAGGAAAAUUGCAACUUUAUACCAGAAUUAGUGAGUGUGCAUUGCACACGUAUGUACACACCUGCAUACAUUUGGUUGAUUAAAAUGAGCAAGCAUCUCUCGGUGCGCACAUACACACAGAUGGGUUCUGUGAGGUGCAUCUGAGGAGUCUUCUCUGGGUUUUGGUUUUGCACUCAAAAGGACAGCUGCAAAGUUAUUUGUGGACAAACAGGUCCUGGGGUCUGUGGACCCUGGAGGAGGGUCCUGGAUGCUACAGCUGUGAGAGCCAAGCACUGACGGGGUGGGGGCAGGACACGAGGUCAGUGAGGGCGGGAAGCCCACUGCAGGAAGUGACAGAGGGAAGAGAAGCCGGCGGGAAGGACAGGAAAGAAGAGGGACAGAGGGAGAAUGAAAAGAAUGCAGCCUUGCAACUUCCUUUCUCUAACAGUGUGUAGCUCCAGGCGACGCCUUUGUGUGGGAAGGCGGCUGGCCCCUGGUGGGACAGUGGCACACGGGUGCACUGCUCAGCGUUCCUAACCAGCCUGCUUGACCUCAUUUGUACGUUAGCUUCUAGGUGGCAGGCCCUGUCCCAGGCUUGUGGGACACGGAAGUUUCUGCCUGAGUUUAUCAUCUCGCACGGGAUGAGCACACACUAGGCUGUGGGAGUGUGACCAGACCUUGCAGUGUAGGAGUGUCCCAAGUUCAACAGGACCAGCGAGGGCAGAUGCCCAGGGGGGUGUGAGACCCUGGGAGGGCUUCGGACAGGAGGUAGACGUGGUGUCAGAGGAGGCAGGCGAGGGUGUGGCAGGCUUUGGGCUCACCUGGCGCAGGUGAGUGGCCAGCAUCAGAGGAGAUGCCGCAGGGGAGGGCAGGUGCACCAGGCUCCACGUUUUGCCCUCUCUGCUGUCACAGGUGCCCCGGAUAAAUGAAUCCCUGAGGCCCCAAACACGCAGGCUCCUUCCUCAUGGCUGGAAGGACCAUUCUUAGAGAACCGGAAAUCAAACCUCAGACAAUUCUGACUUUCUACUUUUACUUUUGUCUCAUCUUGAGAUGCUAUAGUUAGAACACCAUGUGCAUGGGGAGUGAGUGCUCUGGCCCUGAGCUGCUGAGGUAGUGAAUUCACACUCACGUAGACACUUUUAACACAAUGAACAAUCCGUGUUGGGACAUGGAGCUCCCUUGUUUUGUAAUGACUAUGUGUGGGUUGCAAGCAGACUGUUCUCUGUUCUUCCUGACCUCUGCAUACAGUUGUUCCGGAUUAUUGUAAAAUUAACUAUGUGAAUGUUUCUUUUUAUGCAAAAUGAAAUAUUUGGUGUCGAAAUCCCUGGAUUAGGCGGCAACUCCAUGUCAAUUUAAUGUGUAAUGAUAUUUACUACUUUUUUUUUAAAAAAAAGCAGCUGGAUGGUAAUUGUCACAUCUUGGCCCAUGAGUAUUAUCUGAAGACUGUUUGUUGCUCAUUCAUGGCCUUCAGCUCUGCCUCUGGGAGACCCCGGCCCGCUGGGCAUCUCUGAGGAGUGGAAACACAAAAAGGGACUCCAAGUUUCGCAAUCUUUGUUCUGUGAAAAACACGACAAGACCUAGGACAUUUGGCUGACGUUUUGGAGCCGGGACGGUACAGCAGGUGAGGAGAACUGGCUUACGGCCCCCUCCUCACCUUCAGUCCCCUGCACUCCCACAGGAAACCACGGGGUCUCCACGACAAGCCCUGCCUGAGGCCCCUGGCUCAUCCUGGGCCUCUGGGAGCAGCAGGCGAGGGAAUCCCACGGGAUCCCCACGAGCCGCCACGGGCCCGGGAGCCGAGGAUGGCCCAGGCGAUGCUACACUCCUCAUCCUGGCAGUGGGACUCCAUGCCUUGAUUCUCGGAACGGUGGGUGUGCAUAGCUGCUUGUAGGCAAGCCCUUUGGAUAUUCGACUUAGAUACUAAAAAUAAAACAUUUGGGUGUUGAGGUUUUACACGUAGAUACAAGUGAAAAGCAUGGAGUUGGUCAUGUAAUUAGAUGUUUUCUAUACAAUGUACCUUGUUACAUUUCUGUGAAAGGCUCUUGACCAGUGCAGAGUAACUCAAGGGUUGAGAGAAACAACCAUUUUUUUAAAAACAGCUAAUUGUUGAAAUGACUGUCGGUGUAACUCUGCUGGCAAUAAAGGCUUCUGGGAAAAAAAAA